CUCUCGCGCUCCACCAGGCUCUUUGCACGCACCAUGGCUACCGCAACGCCCAAGACCAAGGAAGUCCGCCUCGAGAUCACGUCCGACUCGAUCUGUCCAUUUUGCUACGUCGGCAAGCGACGAAUCGAGGAGGCCGUACGCCGUUCGUCGCACCUGCCCUUGACCUUUAGCAUCAAGUUCGCGCCGUUCCUCCUCGACCCGACCCUGCCCAACUCGCCCGGCGAGAACAAGCGCGAGCGGUACCAGCGGCGGUUCGGCGGUGCCGACAAGGUCGCGGCGAUGGAGAAGGCCAUGUUUGAGCGCGGCCAGGCGUGCGACCCGCCGAUCCGGUUCUCGUACGACGGCAACGUCGCGCAGACGACCGACAGCCACCGCAUCAUCGAGAAGGCGUACGAGCUCAAGGGCGAGGAGGGCCAGCUUGCGCUCGUCGAGCGUCUCUUCAAGACGUACUUUGAGGAGUCGGGCGACCCGGGCUCGCACGAGCUCCUCGCGCGCGACGCCGUCAGCACGGGCAUCUUUGCCACGGUCGACGAGGCCAAAGCGUUCCUCGCGUCGGACGAGCUCCUCGCGUCGGUUGAGCAGGGCAUCAAGAAGGCGCAGCUGCGCGGCAUCAGCGGCGUGCCGUUCACGAUCGUCAACGACAAGUACGGCAUCAGCGGCGCGCAGGAGACCGAGACGUUCAUGGAGGUCUUUGAGAAGAUUGCCAAGGGCGAGCUCGAGGCGUAGCAGCGGCAGCGCGCAAUGUACAGAUGGACGUCUCUCGCUUUC